AUGUCUCAGAACGUUAUAUCAAAGUCCACUGCGUCCUUGAAUUCGAGUUCCACCUUCGGCACUCCCAUCUCUGCAUCGGCGCCUCUCCGACCUUCCUCUCUGCGCAGAUUGUCCACGUUGACCCUCGCGAGCUCCUGUGACAUGCAUGUGGACCCGGAAGGUAUCCUGACGCAGCUAUCGGUCAAGAAAGUCCCCACGCAGCCUGCUACUCCAAGGACACCGUCAACAAAGGACGUUAAAACACACUAUUCAAAAACAAAACUUAAAAUUCCCGCUCCAUCCGCAAUCUCCCCGUCAAAGACGUCAAGCAGUCUAAAUUCCACAAGGGAUACAUGCCUUCUAUCCGUUUCUUCUGACGAAGAGGACAAAGCACGUUCUCAACGUGCGAAGAAGCCUUACCCUGCCAGUUUUGGCAUCAACGCAAAUUAUUACAUUACAUCAUCUGUGCACAAGGAUCAGGCUAGGAAACGUGAGUCGAGGCAGAGCGCUUUUUUACUGCCCAAGGCUUCCCCUAGCUCGUUGGAUAACGACGAUCGAUUUUCAACAGCAAGUGUAGAGACUGCUGCAACAACCGUCUCGCUUUCUACACCUGCCCUGCCCGUGAUCGUGCCGAAGGCGAAACCCUUGAUGAUUGGUCCUGAACUCCCUUGUCCACAGGUGCCUCCAUCGCCUCCGUUACGUAUCCCACUAUCUUGCGUCUCCCGUGACCACAUCCCCGAGUAUGCCUUCCAUGUCACCGAGUACACCUGCCACGCCUCUGCUCGCUACCCAGACGUGUCCAUGCACGCUUUGCCAUUCUGUGUGUGGGAUCUCGGUUGA